CUUAGAACUUUCAGAGUUAGGAGCUUGGAACUAACAACUUUUUGGAGGAAACAUACUUUCCAGAGCUUUAGUCUGCGGGUUGACCUUCUUACCCAAGUGCAAAAAACAAGGUGAUCUCAUGAGACCUUCUGCUGAAUAUCACAUCCAACACGUAAUCAACAUCCCAGAAAUUAUAGAGCCUGCAACUUGGCCUCAAUGUUGUAUCUACAAUGUUACUACUAUUCUUUUGAAUGGGAAAGAAGAGGCAUAUACACCUCUGCUCAUAUCAAUUGGACCUAUCCACCAUAACAACAAAAAACUUGAGGAAAUGCAAGAGCAUAAACAAAGAUAUUUUCAUUUUUUUUGGAAUCGCAUAGAAGAAAAAAAUGAUUUAAUUAACUACAAAGCUUUCCUAGAACAAGAAGAGAAAAAUAUUCGCCAUUGUUACCAAAAGAAGUUUCCUGAUAUCAGCCAUGAACAAUUUGUUGACAUGAUAUUGUUGGAUGUUGUGUUCAUCAUGGAGCUGUUUUUAAGAGAAGCUAAAAAAUGGGAACACAAAGAUGAUUAUAUAGUAACUCAACUUUGUUUAAGUAAAAAUAUUCAGCAUGACUUGUUGCUUCUUGAGAAUCAGAUUCCAAUUUAUGUGUUGGAAAAACUAUAUGACACAGUUGUUCCAAGCAGUGACAAAAAGCACAAAUGGUUUCUAAAUCUUGCACAUGAAUAUUUUGUAUCUUGUUAUCCUCAUCAACAUGAAUCAUCUUCAGAAAGUAUGUUUGGGUCAAAGAAGUGGGAGAAAUCACUUCAUUUCAUUGAUUUAAUUAGAUGUGCUUAUCUCCCCAUGAAAAUUAGCACUAAGAACUCUGAUUCUCAUAAAGAGUGUUUGAUGUUAAGGAGUGCAACAAAGUUGAAUGAAGCUGGUAUAAGCUUUGAGAAGGUUCAUAACAGAUCCUUACUUGACAUUAAGUUUGAGAAAAACCCUUUGUUGAGUUGGUUUUUAUGUUUAGGUUGUUUACCAUGUUGCAAGUGUGUUAAAGCUAGAUUUCAGUUCCCACAGUUAAAAGUAGACCAUACAACUGAAUGUGUUCUUAGAAACCUAAUCGCUUACGAGCAAUGUCACUACCCUGACGAGCCUUACAUUUGCAAUUAUGUUUCUUUGAUUGAUUCUCUUAUUCAAACCAAAGAUGAUGUAGAGUGGCUUGUUGAGAAAGAAAUUGUGGUGCACGAACUGGGAAGCGACGAGGAAUUGACGACACUUGUUAACAGCCUAUGCAAACAUGUUGUGACAAAUUCAUCAUGUUAUUACCAACUUAUAGAAGAUCUUAACGAACACUACAACAAUGAAUGGAAAAAGGCUAUGGGUACAUUAAGAUGGGUUUAUUUCCGUGAUCCUUGGAGAAGCAGUUCUACCGUAGUUGGAAUAACUAUUCUAAUAUUCACUAUCUUCAACUUUCGUCGAGUUGUUGAUCUAAUGUUUUAGUCCUCUUAUAAUUAUAUGUA